AUGGGCAUUGGCCCGACCAUCAGUUUCGUCGCCAACGGCAACCAACACGAUAUGGGCUACUAUUUGGCAGGUGGGAUAUACCCUAGGUGGCCCGUCUUUGUGAAGACGAUCAGAUGCCCAACCGAUCCAAAGAAGAUCUACUUUGCGCAACAACAGGAGGCGGCGCGCAAGAAUGUGGAGCGGGCAUUUGGGAUGCUCCAAGCUCAAUGGGCGGCGUUGAAGGGUCUAACACGUUUGUGGUAUGAGGAUUGUAUUGCUGAUGUCAUGUAUGCAUGUCUUAUCAUGCACAAUAUGAUUGUCGAAAAUGAAGGUCCAGAACUGACUGAUUGGGCCAAUGAAGAUGCUGAUGUUGUCGGUCCAAGUCACGGCAUGGUCACCGCCAAUGUACGAAUGGGGAUACCUCAUGUGGACGUCGAUCGGGUCCGUGCAUUUGCCGAUCUUCGACAGCAAGAAGCCCAUAUUCGACUCCAAAAAGAUAUAUAUAAUUGA